AUGUCUGGGGAGCUUAGCACAGCUAGCUCCGGUGCAGCCGGGGCCGCUGGCCGCAAUGCAAGCGGCAGCGCACGCAUCUGGAGCGCGAUCCCGGACGAUCGACGUGGCAACAACGGCGCCGAGCGGCGGAGAGAAAGCACCAGCCGCACAAUCGGCGACGUCAUGAGGGAGCCGUCCACCAGGGUCCCCGAUGUUGUUGUGCUGGACUCUUUGCCCGAGGACCUGGAGCGCAGGGAGACGCUCGAUCCGAAAGAGGAUCUGUGGUUAUCGACCGUUGACGGACGAUACAGUUCGCCAAUCAUCCCACUUCACGUGGGCGAGUACCCUCGGCAGGAGACCUUCUAUGUGCACAAGCACGUCCUCUUGAAGUCUGAAUACUUCGAGAAGGCGCUCUGUGGCCAGUUCAGGGAGUCGGGCGCACAGUCGCUCGACCUCCCCGAGGAAGAUCCGGCCCUCUUCCACUUCGUCGUUGCGUACCUCUAUGAAGGGAGAUAUGAGCCCAUCAAGCCAGCCGCCUCGGUGUUGGUCCCCGACCAAGACAAGGGAAAGAACAAGGCGGUCGCCGAGACGGGCGCCGAAUCCGACUCCGACUCGGCGUCCUCCUUUGGAUCUGACAUAAGUGCCAUUUCCCGUCGGCGACGCGAACGCCGCCGGCGCCGCGACGACCGCCGCUGGGAGCGCAUGCAGCAGAAGCAUCCCGGCAUGCAUCGCCCCAACUGCACCUGCCCGCAAUGCACGGGCGCCGCCGGUCCGCCGUGCUGGUCAUGCCGCGCCCCGCGCAACCCGCCGCCGAUGCACUACGUGGUAAACGUGGACGUCUUUGGCCGCCCGCCGGGACCAGACCGCCAACCCCGCCGGCCGGUUCGCCACCAUCGCCAUCAACGGCACGGCGGGCCCCCCAACCCUCCCCCGCCCGCGACGGCCGCCAACAACGAUCCCUCCGCCUCCGCCACCGCCACCGCCACCGCCACCGCCGCCACCUCCUCCUCUCUACCAUGGACCAGGACCGACCCCAACGGCGGCCGCAUCGCGGGCGAGGACCUCCGCACCUGGCUGCUGGCCUACGAGCUCAACCUGGACGUAUACAUCAUGGCGAACAAGUUCCUGCUGGAGGACUUCAAGAAGGAAGUGGCGCGCGCCGCCGUCGACAUGCUCGAGUCGGCCGGGUCCGACGCCGCAGUGUUCGACGUCCUCCGCCUCUGCCGCAAGCUGUACGACGGCCUGCCCGACUCCGACCCGCUGCUCAAGAUGGUCUUUGCGCGCGUCGGCUUCCUGCAGCCGUGGCGCCGCGCGCCCGGCGAGACGGACGCCUUCCUCAUGGCCAACCCGGAGAUUGCGCCGCUGCUGCUCAGGGAGAUGGCGGCCCGCAGGGAGGAUGAUGUCAAUGGCCGCACGCUGCCCAGUAUGGUGAGGCCGUGGUAUGCUGGUGGGCCCGGCGGUGGCGGUGGCGGCGGUCCGUUUGCUGGUGGCGGCGUGGGUGGUCCUCCCCCUCCCCAUUGGGUGGCCCGUGGUGAUGUGUACGGCCCGGUUCCCGUGCCCGGGCCGUGGUAUGGGAGGGUGAAUGGGAGGUAUUGA